CCCCGCAGGAGCCGGCCCGAGCCGCCCCGCGAAGAUGGUGGACCGCGAACAACUGGUGCAGAAAGCCCGGCUGGCCGAGCAGGCGGAGCGCUACGACGACAUGGCCGCGGCCAUGAAGAACGUGACAGAACUGAAUGAGCCGCUGUCCAACGAAGAAAGAAACCUCCUCUCUGUGGCGUACAAGAAUGUGGUGGGGGCUCGGCGCUCCUCCUGGCGGGUCAUCAGCAGCAUCGAGCAGAAGACAUCUGCCGAUGGCAAUGAGAAGAAGAUAGAGAUGGUGCGCGCCUACCGCGAGAAGAUAGAGAAGGAACUGGAGGCGGUCUGCCAGGACGUCUUAAGCCUGCUGGACAACUACUUGAUCAAGAACUGCAGCGAGACUCAGUAUGAGAGUAAAGUCUUCUACCUGAAGAUGAAGGGGGACUAUUACCGCUACCUGGCUGAAGUGGCCACAGGAGAGAAGAGGGCGACGGUGGUGGAGUCCUCAGAGAAGGCCUAUAGCGAAGCCCAUGAGAUCAGCAAGGAGCACAUGCAGCCCACUCACCCCAUCAGGCUGGGCCUGGCUCUCAACUACUCCGUUUUCUACUACGAGAUCCAGAAUGCUCCAGAACAGGCCUGCCACCUGGCCAAGACCGCCUUUGAUGACGCCAUCGCUGAGCUGGACACCCUCAAUGAGGAUUCCUACAAGGACUCAACUCUCAUCAUGCAGCUCCUCCGGGACAACCUAACGCUCUGGACCAGUGACCAGCAAGACGACGACGGCGGAGAAGGCAACAAUUAAGACCCCGGGUGGACUGGCAGCCGCACGCUGAUGCUACUACUGCAGUCUUUAUUUUUUUCCCACAAGUUGGGGGGG